AAGAAAAACAGAGUGAAAAAGGAAAAUUCUUCUUCAAUCUCUUAGAACUGGAAAGAGAAAAAAAAUGCCAAUCCAAAAAUUUACACUCGGAACGCCGGGAGAGGUGAGCCAACCCGAUGCGAUCAAGGCCGCAUUUGCCGAAUUCUUCUCCAUGAUCAUCUUUGUUUUCGCCGGACAAGGAUCUGGAUUGGCUUUUGAUAAGUUAACGGACGGUGGAUCUGCAACGCCGUCAGGGCUGAUAAUGGCAUCUCUGGCUCAUGCUUUUGCGCUAUUUGUGGCGGUUUCCGUUGGAGCGAAUAUCUCCGGUGGCCAUGUAAAUCCGGCAGUUACAUUUGGUGCGCUUGUAGGUGGAAAUAUAUCGUUGUUUAGAAGUAUAAUGUAUUGGAUCGUUCAAUUACUUGGCUCUGUUGUUGCGUGCUUCCUUCUUAAGUUUGCAACUGGUGGAAAGGUAACCCCAGCAUUUGCCCUGUCAACAGGAGUUUCUGUGUGGAAUGCAUUUAUAUUUGAGGCAGUGAUGACAUUUGGAUUAGUAUAUACAGUGUAUGCAACAGCAAUAGAUCCAAAGAGGGAGAAUUUGGGUAUCAUUGCCCCAAUUUCAAUUGGUUUCAUUGUUGGUGCUAACAUUUUGGUUGGUGGUGCUUUUGAUGGGGCUUCCAUGAACCCUGCAGUCUCCUUUGGCCCUGCUGUAGUCACCUGGUCAUGGAGCCAUCACUGGGUUUAUUGGCUUGGUCCUAUGGCUGGUGCAGCCAUUGCUGCCAUUUUUUAUGACACCCUCUUUAUCUCAGACUCUGUGCAUGAGCCUCUUACUCAGUAUAAUGAUUUCUAGGACCGUUCCCCUUAAAAACUAGAAGAUCUGGGACAAGAAUGCCCCAGAGGCCAGUUUCAGUUGCAAUUUUUUGGACUGAUGCUUAUUAUUAUUUUUUUAAUUAUUUUUUUUUCUUUUCUUUUCUUGAUGUUUUGUUUUUCUUGACUUAUUCAGAGACAGUAGAUUCCUUUUAUUUCAUAUUGUAUGGGUUGAUUAUUCCCCAUUGAAGAUUUUGAUUAACAAAGAAUCAGGCAGAGAAUAUAUGGUUGUAGCUUAUUUUGUUUGAAAGACAUUAUUUUUUUUCUUUUUAACUAUGAAUGUGUCAGAAUCAGAACCCAAUUAAUUGAAAAAAAACAUACAUGAGAAAGUGCUGGGUUUAUAAUUUAAGGACUUUGGCUGAUAGUGAUUGAUGCAACAUCUUAUCUGAGUAUUAAACUUGGGAGGAGUUUAUUGGUUGAGCUGGGGAAUCUCACAUUAGUGCCCGAACUGUAUUUAUGUUUGUGCAUCCUAUUAAUUUGUCCAAUAUCAAUUUGUUAUAUGGUAAAUUCUUUCUAUUUUUUCUUGAAUUAUGUUAAUUAUUUUUCUAUGUGUGUGAUGAGGGUGGGAUGCAUAAAGAUGAGUGAUAGCUUGGGAUGCAUCUAAAUAUUACUUUUUUUAAAAAAAUUAUUAUUAGCUACUUUUUUUUUUAUACCAACUCUAAAUUUGUAAUUACGGGAGUAAUUGGAAGAUUGUCCUGCACAAUAAAAGAAAAUUCACACUGGUGUGGUGUUUAGCUACUAACACUCCGAUAAUCAAAUUAUUAAUUGUUUAGAGAGAGAGAGCUAGAGAGUAGAGAAUUCAGGAUAUUUUUUAACUCGUUCAAAUUUUCUGGUCCUUUUGAUUAUAUAGAAAUUUAACUUCAUAAUAGCCACUUAGCCACGUGAUCUCUUGAAUAAUUAAUUUGACCGAUAAUAACUUAAUUUGGCCAUUACAAAUAAUCUUAUUUGUGAAUCCAAACAAAUGUAAUUGUGAAGUACUUGGACAUAAUCUUUGCCUUUAUAGGAUCGACGUUGCCAAGCUCUAUGGCUGUCCCUAUAGGUUAACCUAUAUACUUGGGCAUUAUUUUUUUCUCAUAGAAGUUGACCUUCACGGUUUUUGUUAAUCUUAGGAUGGGAGUUGACCUCUUUUCUCUUGGAAUGAUCCUUGGGUCAUCCCCAGCUGAACACUUAGUCAUACACCCACAACAUUUCUCAUGGAUGGAAGCCCAUUCUGAAUA